AUGAAGAACAAUAAUUCAUUUAAUGAUAUAAACAGAGGUAACAUUCAUGCGGGUUAUAAUGAUAAUAACCCACAUUAUAGGAACUUUGUUCCCAAUAAUAAUAAUUUUAACAAUAGCAAACCCAAUAAAGAUAAGCAAAAUCAAAUGAAUAAUACAGAAAAUAUAGAAAAAAUGCAAAAUUCUAAUUAUAAUAUAAAUAAACAAAAUAAAAUAAAUAUUUUUAAUAAAAAUUAUAUUAAUCCACACCAAAAUAAUAAUAUGAACACUAAUGCUAUAAAUCAUGUUCCAAAUAAUAAUUUUCAUCAAAUUAAUAAUUUACAAAUUAACAAUAUUACAACAAAUUAUACACCAGAAAAUUAUAUAAAUACUAAUAUUCAUAAUAAUGAAAAUUUUAACAGUAAAGAUAUCAAUAAAAUAAAUUCUUUAAAUACUAAUGAUUCUAGCAACAUAAACAACACAACUAAUCCAAACUCUUCAAUAAAUACUAAUAGUACAGCACUUAUGAAUAAUGGAAACUAUUCAAACACUACAAGUAAUGUGGAUAAUAUUGCAAAUACAAAUACAAAUAUAAAUCCUAUAAAUAAUAUGAAUUUAAGCAAUAAUGUAAAUUAUAAUAUGAAUGCAAAUUAUAAUAUGCAGAAUAAAUUAACUGGAAAUACAAAACCAAUGUAUAAUCAUUAUCCUAUAAAUAUGUAUCAAAAUAGUGAUAGUUUAAAUAAUCCAAUGAGAAUGCAUAUGUAUCAACAGCCAAAUAUGAUAUAUAAUCCUAUGAAUUAUAUGAACAGUAAAGCUUAUUUAAAACACUUAAAAUAUAAUAAAGUAAUUACAGCAGAUCCGAAUAUAAAGCCAAAUGAAACGCUUUAUGUAAAAAAUUUAAAUGACAGAAUAAAACCAGAAGAAAUGAAAAAAAACUUGAAGGAUCUAUUUAAACAAUAUGGAAUAAUUAAAGACAUAAUUGUUAUGAAAUCUUUUUGGAGAAAAGGACAAGCUUGGAUAAUUUAUGAUACAAUUGAAAGUUCAACAAAAGCUUUGAAUGCUAUGCAAGGAUAUUUUUUAUAUGGGAAAAUAAUGCAAAUAAAUUAUUCACAUAAUAAAAGUGAUAUACAUUCGAAAAGAGAUGGAACUUUUGUUGAGAGAUCAAAAAAUCCAAAGAAACCUAAACAAAUUAUUGAAAGAGAAAAAAAACAAAAAGAAAUUUUUGAAACAAUGCACAAGAAUUAUUUAGAAAUGCAAAUGAAUAAUUUUAAAAUGAGUCAGAAUAAAGAAUAUGAAAAAAAAGGUGAAAAAAUUGAUUUAAAUCAAAUAGACAAACAAACAUUAAUUGCAAAAGCCCAAGCAAAAGCAUAUGAAGAAAAAACUAAGAAAAAUGAAGAUUUAUCGAAAAAUAAUAUAUUUCCUCCUUAUUAUCCUAUUAAUACAUGUUCUUCUAUUCCAAAUAAUGUUAUAGUACCAUAUAAAAUUUUGUUUGUUGAAAACGUUGUAGAAAAUGUUAACACUCAAGCCUUUAACGAUUUAUUUAAGAGUUUUGCAGGAUUUAUUGAAGCUAGAAUUAUACCUCAAAGAAAUGUUGCUUUUGUUGAUUUUUCUGAUGAAGGUACAGCAACAUAUGCAAUGAAAGUUUUACAAAAUUAUGAAUUACAAGGAUCUAAAUUAAAAAUAUCAUAUGCAAAAAGAUAA